AGCUGGUGACCAGUUAGUAAGAGCAAGGAGCGAUAUAAAACAAAGGUCAGGUUCCUCCUGAGAGAAGAGGAACAAAAUCAGCAGUAAACAGCGGGGACGAAGAGAACGAAAUGAAGGUUAAGUGCUGCUGAAGGAGAACCGGCUGACAACAAGAUGGAGGGGGAGAGGGAGUGCAGAGCCAGAGAGAUGCGGCUGCAGCGAGGUGUGGAGAAUAAAAGUCAAAUUGCUGCAGUGCUCGGCAGUCUCCUGGUGUGACCUUCGACACCGGUAGGCUCAGGGGCUGCUGGGUGGGCAGUGCAGACUGUCAGGAGGGCACUGCCACCGGCAGCCAGGAGGGAGCCUGUCUGGGGUCUCAUGGCAGCGGGGAGCAUCACUUUUCCUUCCAAGAUGAUACCCUUUGUACAGUCCAAUAUACCAAUUUCAUGCCAGUUCUGGAAAAGGUUUUCAAUGUUUUUCAAUGUCCUGUCCAGGCAUCCACAUAAGUAUCACUUGGCACCCCUGGAGUAUCAUCCAGAUACUCUUUAUUUCCUUCCUGGACCACUUUAUUCCCUUCCUGGACCACUUCAUCUGCACACGUGGUAGCCCACCACCUGCAUACUGCUUGAUUCACACACAGGGUGGUUCAGCAAUCCAGUUUCCACCCCAUCUCCCACUGACACCAUCACUUCCAGAGCACCCCUGCAGUGUAAGGGCAGCUAAUUCCCAGCACGGAUGCAGCUGCACGAUAACAAAUCCCACUCAGAAAUCACAGUAACAAGGAGCAGGGAGCAGAGAUGGAUAAGAUACUGGAAGCUGUGGUGAUGUCCUCAUACCCCAACAAUGUAAAGCAAGGGCUAGUGAGGCGUGUCAUUGAGGCAUCGAAACAGCCCAUGGACAGUGAGCAGUGCUGGUCCAUGCUGGAGCUGUCCACCAAGCUUUAUCUCACCGGGGACACCAAAUAUAAAAGAGAGAUUGGGAAGGAGGUUUUGGAGGUCUACGGCCACUAUCACCCGGAGGAAUUUGAGGAGUUCUUCAAUGUCCGCUUCCUGCUGAGUCUCCUGCAGGAAGGCUAUGGACCUCUGGGGAAGAGAAGCCAUUAUGUACUUGAUUAUAUCCAGUUAGGAUUGCAGUUUGUCCUGGAAAGCCCGUCAGCAAACAGCAUCUUCAGCUUAUUGAGGAUUGAGGUGCUCCGGAAAAUCUGUGAGAGGCCCAGCCCCAAGCAUUGUGCGAAGAUCAGCAAACUCUUAACCCAGCAUCCUCAAUGCAUUCCCACGGGAAAACACCAGCUCUUGUUCUGUCAGCAGCUGAUCAGAUGCAUUGGGCAUUUCCAGUGUGUCUCCGAGGAGGAAGAGCAGAUUAUGGAAUUUUUGGAGCAGGUGAACAAAGUGAGUGGUCUGCUACAGAGGAUCUGGAGGACUCAGACCUCAACCAUCCUGCCCUCUUUGAAGGAACUGUUCACUAUCAUUUCUUCAACAGAGGAGCAGGAAGUGCCAUCCAAUGCCUUGGCCAGCGUGGUUCAGUUUGUCCCUCUGGAGCUCAUGGAUGGCGUCAUAAGAAACCUAACCAACGAUGACAGCAUCACUGAUGUGCAAAUGAUGAUGGCCAUCAGCAGGAUGAUUGAUUGGGUGUCCUGGCCCCUGGGAAAGAACAUAGACAAGUGGAUCAUUGCUCUGUUGAAGGGUUUGGCUGCAGUGAAAAAGUUCAGCAUCUUGAUUGAAGUCACUCUUUCAAAAAUAGAAAAGGUCUUCUCCAAGUUGCUGUACCCCAUUGUGAGAGAGGGGGCUUUGUCUGUCCUGCAGUACAUGCUGCUGAGCUUCCAGCACUCCCACGAGGCAUUUCACUUGCUACUCCCUCACAUCCCCAGGCUGGUGGCCUCUUUGAAGAAGGAGGAUUCCAAUUCAGCAACCAGCUCCCUGGAGCAGCUGGCCGAGCUCAUCCACUGCAUGUUCUUCCGCUUCUCAGGAUUUCCAGACCUCUAUGAACCUGUCCUGGAAGCAGUUAAAGCUCUUCCUAUUCCAAAUGAAGACCGGAUUAAACACCUCUUGGGACAAAAUGCUUGGACUUCCCAGAAGAAUGAACUGGCCUGCUUCUACCCACGCCUGGCAUCUAAAUCAGAGACAGGAAAGAUCGGGUUAAUUAACUUGGGAAACACCUGCUACAUGAACAGCAUCAUACAGUCUCUUUUCAUGGCUUCGGACUUUCGGCAUUCAGUGUUGAAUUUAACUGAGGGCAACUCCCAGCCCCUGAUGACAAAGCUCCAGUGGCUCUUUGCAUUUUUGGAGCACAGUCAGCGACCUGCCAUCUCACCUGAGAGCUUCCUCUCUGCCUCCUGGCCACCCUGGUUCACCCCUGGAGCUCAGCAGGACUGCUCAGAGUAUCUCAAGUACUUGCUGGACCGGUUGCACGAAGAAGAAAAAACUGGGAAAAGGAUCUACCAGAAACUCAAGGAAUCCAGCUUGAUGUCUCAGGCAGUAGAGCAUCAUUACUUAAACAAGACAUUGAUUGAGAAGAUGUUUGGGGGUAAAAUGAUGACAAAGAUCCGCUGCUUGAAGUGCCUGAAUGUCUCUUCCCGAGAAGAAGCCUUCACAGACCUGUCCCUGGCUUUUCCUCCAUCAGACAGGAACAUGCAUGGUAGCACACCUAUUCUACCAGUGGAAGAAAUUGGCCCACAGUUCAUUGAGCCUCCUGUAAAUGCAGGCCAGCUUGCAGGGUCUCCAUGGAUCCGGAGGAAGGCCCCCAUGGCGGGGGAUCCUGCAACCCUGCCAAUGUUGGUGGAAACAUUGGGCUUCCAGGAGCCGGGAAAAGCAGCAAAUCCCUUAAGUGGCAAUGAUGUUAGUGUGGAUACAGCCAAAGACCCUUUCCCCGCUUUUGGGGAGCAGGCAUGUGCUCCCAAGGACUCCAGAUCUGUCCCAGAUCUAAUCAACUAUUUUCUUUCACCAGAGAGACUGACAGCAGAGAAUAAAUACCACUGUGAGAAAUGUGCAUCCCUGCAGGACGCAGAGAAGGUGGCAGAGCUGACAGAGGGUCCACACUACCUCAUCCUCACGCUGCUGCGCUUCUCCUUCGACCCACGGACUAUGAAGAGGAAGAAGAUCUUGGACAACAUCUCCAUCCCUGUGGUGCUCAAACUACCCAUCCUUGUUACUCCAGAGGAAACUGAGGAGGUUUGCCGGUGUGGGAAGGAUAGUGCUGCCCCAGGAAGUGGCUUCAUGUCUGUAUUGUAUGAUCUCUGCAGUGUAGUGGUGCAUUCAGGCAUCUCCUCUGAGAGCGGCCACUACUACUGCUACUCCAGGGAGUGCACUGACACUGUCCCCCACGAGCAGCCCCGGGAUGGGGUGCCAAAACCAGCCUCUGACAAACAGUUGGACUUGGAAAUCCAGUGGUACCUCUUCAAUGACACCAGAGUUUCCUUUUCCUCCUUCGAAUCAGUCAGCAAUGUCACCUCGUUCUUCCCCAAAGACACUGCCUAUGUCCUCUUCUACAGGCAGCGGCCGGGCAGGCAGAGCUGCCUGCUGCAUGAGGCCCUGGCUGAGGCUGGCCACCUGCACGGAGAACCUUCCCUCCAUAAGGACCUGAUGGAAGCAAUUUCCAAAGAUAACAUCCUCUACUUGCAGGAACAGGAAAAAGAAGCGAGGAACAGAGCCGCCUAUAUUUCUGCCUUGCCAAAAUCCCCGCUGUGGUGGAGAGACUUGGACAAGGACAAGGAUGAUGACAGCUCAUCAGGGGGCUGCAGCCCAGCAGCAGGUGGGGGCGGAUCCAGCUCCUUUCAUGGACUCGUCUUCUAGCCAAUGGGCUAAACCAGAUAGGUAGUGUCCGUGGAGCCAACCUGAAGCCAGAGGCUCCUCUUCCUCACCCUGAUGACAGGGAGCAUCUCAGAAGAGGAUCUGAGAAACAUUUCAAUGAAAAAGGACUCAGGGGCUGAUUUGGAGGCAUCUGGAGGGUCUUGCUGCUUCCUAUGCACUUGGUCUUCAUGCCUUAACGUACCUAAGCUAAUGCGAUGAGCAGCUGCUGACAGCUCGGAGAAGUGCCCUUUUGCUUCAGUAUAGCCAUGCCUUGCUUGCUGUGAGCCAUGCCACUAGCCUGGGGAGGGGACAGGGACAGGCUUGGGGAGGAAGACAGACCCAGAGGGGCCCCAGGGAUGGAGAUGUCCUAUGCACAUCCCAUCUGCAGACCUUCCCAUGGCGCUGUUUGUUUUGGGGCGACCUCUGCUCAGUUGUUUUAUUUCUUUUUAAUGUGGUUUUGAGAACCCACCUUGACACAUCUUUAAAGGUAGAAAAGUCUGAAAACUGCCAAGUAUCUAAUGUAGCAAUGCUGAUCUGUGAGGCAGUGAGCUUGCAAGCCUGCUUGGUCACAGCGAGUGGUGGCAGGCUGACCAGAGGGGCUUUAUGCUGCAUUGCAAGGCAUCCAAAAGAGACUGAAGGGCACAAACCCCUCCAGCCAAGAGAGACUGAUCUGAACCAGUUGGGGGUUCUGGGCUCCAGUGAAGACCUGCUGUGUUACUAGUGACCUCUGGAUACUGUUAGUGUGCACAUCAGGCCCAGACACACAGCAGUUUUUCCAGAUGUGUCUUUAGGACUUAGUUAGCCUCUUUCUGCUGCUGUCAUUUGAUGGCUUUCUGGGCUGUAUCUGCCCUUCAAAAUUUGGGCUUUUCUUUGGGACACCCUGCACUGAGCAGCAAAUGACAGAGCUCCCCUAAACUCACUAGCUAUUUUUAAAAAAAAAAUGCUGAUUUGCAAGGAGAGGAUAGAUAUAUCAACCCAAUAUAAAUACAUACUAUGUAAACCAAUGUAUUGUAUAAAUCAGUAAUGGGACAGGGGCUGAUUUUGGUGACAGGUGGCCAGCUCAAGCCCCAGGCAGCACAUCUACCAGGACCACAGCUCCCUCCCAUCUCCCUCCCCAACUGUUGUCCCCAGCCUGCUCCUCCCUCACGCCUGUAGUAGAGGUAUCUCCAGCUCAAGUGGCAGAGACUUGUGCCUUAGGUCCUAAGUGCAGGACCUAAUCCUGACCAUGGGGUAUUGGGUUGGGAAUAUUGUUUUGCUGUGGAGGAAAAGGCAAAGCAUAGACAUUGCUAUGGAUAAUGUGGGCAGAAAGUCUGCUAGAGAGGACACUUGGGAUCAAAUCUGUAAUGUAUACUAUUGUAUUCUUUUAUUGCCUUUCCUAUAUAUAAAUAAAGGAAAUUAAGUAAUUCAACAUA